CAAUGUCACGUUAUUGUCAAACAUGUAUAAUUCUUUCUAUAAGAGUUUCCUCAUAGACUUAAAUUUGCCAAGUGGCUACAAAAAUUUUUAAUAGUAAUUUUUAAGAAGAAGUAGAAAACUUAAGAUGUCUCGUUUUUUUGCUACCGGUGGAUCAGAUUCAGAGUCAGAAAGUAGUGAUGAAGAAGUUCAAGCACCAGCCUUCAGGCCGACUGCUCCGGCUUUUACUCAAUUUAGUGACGAUGAAGAAGAAGUGAAGAGGGUAGUGCGGUCAACAAAAGAGAAAAGAUAUGAAGAUUUGUCUAAUUUGAUAAAGAAUAUUAGAAACUUUAAGAAAAUUAAAGAUAUGUCCAGUAUAUUAACAAGCUUUGAAGAUCUUACAAGAGCUUACCAAAAAGCAUUGCCAGUUAUUAUGAAAGAAGAGAAUGGAAACACUCCUCGAUUUUAUGUUCGUUGCCUUGCUGAGUUGGAGGAUUUCAUUAGUGAAAUUUGGGAAGAUCAUGAAGGAAGGAAAUCUUUGUCUAAAAAUAAUUACAAAUCAUUGGGAACUUUAAGGCAAAAAGUAAGAAAGUAUAUUAAAGAUUUCGAAGAGGAUUUGACGAAGUUUAGAGAAUCUCCAGAUGUAGAAACAGAAGAAGAGGAAGAAAAACCUGAGUCUGCAUCGGAAUCUGAAGAAGAGCCAGCACAACCGACAAAAGUUGCUCAUGUCAAAAAGGAAUCAGUUGAAAAACCUACGAAACCUCAAGAUGAUGAUGAAUCUGAUGAUUCAUAUUGGGGGUCAGAUUCGGAAUCAGAAUCUUCUUCCUCUGACGAUGGAAACCAAUAUGUCAACAUAAGAGAAAGAUUUUUGAAAAAAACUACGGAAAAGGAGGAGAAGGAAGAAGAUGCUAAAAAAGAAAAGAAGAAAGCAAAAGAAGUUAAACCACGUCGAAAAAUUGCAGAGGAUGAUACUGAGGAAGGUGAAUGGAACGUUGUAGUUAAAGGAUCUGCACAAGCUGCGGAAAAACCUAAAAUGUUUGCUAAAGAUGCAGAAAUAGACACAGGCGUAGUUUUAGCAAAAUUAUCGGAAAUAGUAGCUGCUAGAGGCAAGAAGCGAACUGAUCGUAAGCAACAAAUUGAAAUGCUGUACGAGUUGCUCGAUAUCGCAGAAGAACACAAUUUAGGAAACGCAGUCGCUAUAAAAAUUCGUUUUAGUAUUGUUUCCGCUAUUUUUGAUUAUAAUCCAAAAGUUUCUGAACCUAUGAAGUUAGAGUAUUGGGGAAAAAUGUUAAAAAUGAUGCAAGAGCUUUUACAAACCCUAUUAGCGACAAAUGAUAUCACAAUGACGGAAAGUAUUCUGGAAGAACACGAAGAAUACACGAACGCACCAUAUUUCAUUAGAGGUUGUCCUUUAACUGCUGUAGAAAGGCUUGAUGACGAGUUUACCAAAUUGUUAAAAGAAUGCGACCCUCACUCAAACGAAUAUGUAGAGAGAUUAAAAGAUGAAGUCACUGUUACUAAAAUUAUUGAACAUGUUUUAAAGUAUUUUGAACGUGUGGGAACAGAAAAUGAAAUUUGUCGAGCGUAUUUAAGAAAAAUAGAACAUUUGUAUUAUAAGUUUGAUCCAAAUGUUUUAAAAAAAAAGAAGGGAGAACUUAACAAUACAGAUACUUCUGUUGAAGUAAUGGACAAACUGUGCAAAUUUAUUUAUGCCAAGGACAACACUGAUCGUAUUCGUACAAGGGCUAUUCUGGCUCAUAUUUAUCAUCAUGCAUUACAUGAUAACUGGUUUCAGGCUCGUGAUUUGGUAUUAAUGUCCCAUCUUCAGGAAACAAUUCAUGUUGCUGAUCCACCUACAUUAAUUUUAUACAAUCGAAUGAUGGCAAAUCUUGGUUUAUGUGCAUUCCGCCAAGGUAAUAUUAAGGAUGCUCAUCGCUGUUUGGUAGAAUUAAUGGUAACGGCCAAGCCGAAAGAGUUAUUGGCUCAAGGAUUACUGCCUCAGCGUCAACAUGAGCGUUCAGCGGAACAAGAAAAGGUUGAAAAACAAAGACAAAUGCCAUUCCACAUGCAUAUUAACUUAGAAUUACUUGAAUGUGUUUAUCUCGUAUCAGCAAUGUUAUUGGAAAUACCUUACAUAGCUGCCCACGAAUUCGAUGCCAGAAGAAGAAUGAUAAGUAAAACAUUUUAUCAACAACUAAGAUCCUCAGAACGACAGUCUUUGGUUGGUCCACCCGAGUCCAUGCGAGAACAUGUUGUUGCUGCAGCAAAAGCAAUGCGUUGUGGGAAUUGGCAAGCAUGCUCCAAUUUCAUUGUAAAUAAGAAAAUGAACACCAAAGUUUGGGAUUUAUUUUAUGAAGCAGAUCGUGUUCGGGAAAUGUUGGUUAAAUUUAUAAAAGAAGAAAGUCUUCGCACAUAUUUGUUCACAUAUUCUAAUGUUUAUUCAUCUAUAAGUAUACCUUCAUUGGCCCAAAUGUAUGAUCUUCCAGUUAUUAAAGUUCAUUCUCUUAUAAGCAAGAUGAUAAUUAAUGAGGAACUAAUGGCGAGUUUAGAUGAUCCAACUGAAACUGUAGUUAUGCAUCGAUCAGAACCAUCUCGCCUGCAAGCAUUAUCUAUGCAAUUAGCAGACAAAGUCACAAACUUAGUAGAUGCUAAUGAAAGAAUAUUUGAAAUGAAGCAAGGAAACUUUUUCCAACGCGGAAAUUUGGGUAAUAGAGAUCGCGGUUAUAACAGAAAUCAACAAAACCAACAAAAUUGGAACAAUCAACGAAGAGAUAACAGGGGUAAUAGAAAUAACAAUCGUCGCAAUCAAGGCAAUCGUAAUGAACAAAGAGAGCAACGAGAACGUGAAAAUCAACAAAUGCAACAAGUAAUAGCUGAAGAAGAGUAAAUUUUUAAUUGCAAAUUGUAUAUUGGUUGAUUAAAAUUGAUAUAAUUUAAAAUUUUAUAUUAUCAAUAAAAAUAAUGAUCAAUUAUAUUUUCAAAAGUAUUUGGCUCCCGUAUAAGAAAUCCAAUUUUCGAUUCGGGGGCUUUUUGAAAAUAAUA